UGUGGUCUGAAGCCUCGACCCUGUAAACAUCGCUGCAUGAACACACCGGGCAGCUACAAGUGUUACUGUCUGGACGGAUACACACUGCAGCCGGACGGCAGCUGCAAGAAUACGCUAACCUGUUACCACGCCAACUGUCAGUAUGGCUGUGAGGUAUCCAAGGGGGUGGUCCGCUGCACCUGUCCAUCGCCAGGGUUACGACUGGGACCAGACAGACGUACCUGUAUCGACAUUGAUGAGUGUGUGUCGGGCAGCGGCGUGUGUCCUCGUCGCAGGAAGUGUGUGAACACAUUUGGCAGCUUUAUGUGUAAAUGUCACCACGGCUUCAAACUCAUGUACAUGAACGGACGCUACGUGUGCAUCGAUAAAGACACUCGUCCAUUCUGCUCUCUGAACCCGUCCUCUCCCAAGUGCAGGUGUAAAGAUGGCGGCUGUGAAGCUCUACCCAGAGUCAACCUGGAGCCUCAAAGACCAAGAACUACAACUCCCAUCAUCCCCCUGUCCACUGCUGCUCCUCUUACAACUACUACAACUCAGCCUGUCACCACGACAACCACCACAGCAACAACUACUCUGCCAGCUACGUCUGCAGCUACAACUACCACACCUACCACUACAGUACCGACUACUACCACUACUACACCUGUUAUUAUUACUGCACCUGUUACUCAACAAGUUACUACCACUACUGCACCUGUUACUACCACUACUACACCUUUUACUACCACUACUGCACCUGUUACUACCACUACUACACCUUUUACUACCACUACUGCACCU